AUGCCGGAUCCAGCCGGCGGACGCAUCCAUCGCGAUGAACAUGGGAACCCAUCUGGUGUUCUCGAUGAAGGCGCAAUGAUGUCCAUCAUCUGGCCCUAUCAGGCUUCCUCAUCCCUCAAAGAAGAACGUAUCAGGGCCAUAGUCGCCGCGGUAAAGGAGUAUAAUGCGGCAGGAUAUACCGGCGUGGUGGAGAUGGCAAUGGAUGAGGAAGCCUGGGACGCAAUCAUCACCCUCCGAGAUACCCAGCCCGAUCUUCCGAUCCGUGUAGCUGCGUACUGGCUGAUCAAGCCAACAGCGGAUCAUCAAGCCAACUCCCGUCAAGUUCGUCGUGCUAUCGAGCUGAGCCGGGUUUACAAUACCACCACUAGCCCGGACUUCCGAAUUGUCGGUAUCAAGGUGAUUUGCGAUGGCAUUGUCGAUGCUUGCACGGCCUUUCUCUCGGAACCUUACGCACCCGCAGGCAAGCCCCCGCCGAUUUGGGAACCAGAAUACUUGGAACCCGUUGUCAAGGAAGCAAAUGACGGUAGUCUCCAAGUUGCACUCCAUGCCAUCGGAGAUGCCGCGGUAAGAAUGGCAAUCGACGCCAUCGAGAAGCACACCACCCCGGGCCGCCGCCACCGCAUCGAACAUCUAGAGCUUGUGUCACCAGAAGAUGCAGCUCGUCUAGGCAGGUUGGGUCUCACAGCCUCUAUCCAACCCGUCCAUUCGGACCCGGCCGUCCUCACAGAAUGGCCUCGCCUGAUCGGAGAAGAUCGUUGUCAUCGGGCAUUUGCCUACCGCGAAUUCGCCGACUCGGGGGCUUUGAUGGCUAUUGGCAGUGACAGCCCGACCUCUCCCUGGGCGCCGAUGGAAAAUCUGUACGUUGCGGCGAUGAGACGGUCUGCAAGGGAUCCAAAGUUCACUGGGACUUUCAAUGAGCACUUCCGCCUUGGACUAUGUGAGUCUGUUACAGCCGCUACUUGGGGCGCUGCAAGCAGUGUGUUUGACGAGAAGCGUACGGGGAGUCUUGCAGCUGGGAAGUGUGCCGAUUUCAUUGUGGUUGAUAUGAAGUGGGAUGAGAAGAGCUUAUUGCAAGCUCAAGUGGAGGAGACUUGGUUCGGCGGCCGGAAAGUCUGGGAUAUCCGGGAUUCAGCGUCGGCUUAG